AUGAUGCGUGGUUUUAAGCAAAAACUUAUAAAGAAGACCACUGGUUCUUCCUCUAAUAAGAAAAAGGAGAAAGAGAAAGAGUCUUCGGCGAAGCAGAAACCUGCUGCUGCUACUACUACUGCUGCUGCUGCUGCAAGUACUACUUCAAGUGCUUCUUCUUCCAGAAAAGGGUCCUUGGAGAAAAAUAGAUCUUCUACUGUUUCCUCUUCUAAAAAGGAUUAUCCUGCAAGUUCAAAAAGUUCAAAGACCUUAGUAUCGUCAAGUGCUGCUAGUACUAAAUCAGACACAAGAAACGCAACUCCCGUUGUAGGUGUGGAUACCCAGUCUCAUCCUUCGAAUCUAUCAUCUCCUAAAGUUGUCAUCACUGGUGAUAGUGAUAGUAAUGAUAUGAAUGUCGAUGGUAAUAAUCAAAAUUACCUAAAUGAUGGAUCUAACAAUGGUAAUAACUAUAAUAAUGGUGGCUCAAAAACUAGUAUGGCAACCAGUCAUGAUAUCAAUAGGUUAGAACAUUCAGUUAAUAUUGCUGCACAAUCCCCUCAAUCAAUUCAUGCACAAAAUCACUUGUCAAAGGAUAUGGCAACUAAUUUAACUUCGUCUCCUGGCAUCGAUAUUCCAAGAGCAUCUCAUUCUUUUGAAAGAUUGCCAACGCCAACAAAAUUGGCCGCUGAUGCAGAAUUAGAUUUGAUAAAGACUCCUCAACGUCAUUCCUCCUCGAGAUUUGAGGCUUCAAGAUAUACCCAGAUAACAAAAUUGCCAAAUUUUGAAGAUGUUUCACCAGAAGAAAGACUAGCAUUGUUCUUGGCAAAAGUUGACCAAUGCUAUGUUAUGUUCGAUUUUAAUGAUCCAAGUUUUGAUAUCCAAGGUAAGGAAAUUAAACGUAUUACUUUACAAGAAUUAAUCGAAUUCAUCGUCACUAAUAGAUUUACUUAUACUAAUGAAAUGUAUGCACAUGUGAUUACCAUGUUUAAAGUCAACUUAUUUAGACCUAUCCCACCUCCUGUGAACCCUGUUGGUGAUAUUUAUGACCCUGAUGAAGAUGAACCUGUUAAUGAACUAGCUUGGCCACAUAUGCAAUUGGUUUAUGAAUUCUUUUUACGAUUCGUAGAGAGUCCAGAUUUUAACCAUCAAAUUGCAAAACAAUAUAUAGAUCAGGAAUUCAUUCUGAAAUUAUUGGAAUUAUUUGAUAGUGAAGAUAUUAGAGAACGUGACUGUUUAAAGACAACGCUACACAGAAUUUAUGGUAAAUUUUUAAGUUUAAGAAGUUUCAUCCGUCGUUCAAUUAAUUAUAUCUUUUUGCAAUUCAUUUACGAAACAGAAAAGUUCAAUGGUAUCGCAGAAUUAUUAGAAAUAUUAGGUUCCAUUAUUAAUGGUUUUGCAUUACCCCUAAAAGAAGAGCACAAGGUUUUCCUACUAAGAGUUUUACUACCGUUGCAUAAAGUUCCUUGUCUUUCAUUAUACCAUCCCCAAUUGGCUUAUUGUAUUGUUCAAUUUUUAGAAAAAGAACCAUUACUAACAGAAGAAGUCGUUAUGGGUUUACUUAGAUAUUGGCCAAAGAUUAAUUCAACUAAAGAAAUUAUGUUGUUGAAUGAAAUCGAAGAUAUAUUUGAAGUUAUUGAACCAUUAGAAUUUAUCAAGGUUGAAGUUCCAUUAUUUGUACAAUUAGCAAAAUGUAUUUCUUCCCCUCAUUUCCAAGUAGCAGAAAAGGUUUUAAGUUAUUGGAAUAAUGAAUAUUUCUUAAAUCUUUGUAUCGAAAAUGCAGAAGUCAUUCUUCCAAUUGUAUUCCCACCACUUUACGAACUGACGUCGCAACUAGAGUUGGAUAAUAUCAAUGGAGAGGACGGUAUAGUAUCAGAUCCAUACAUGUUAGUAGAGCAAGCCAUCAAUUCGGGUUCAUGGAAUAAGGCAAUUCAUGCUAUGGCUUUCAAGGCAUUAAAGAUCUUUUUAGAAACAAACCCAGUACUGUAUGAAAAUUGUAACACAUUAUACCUUUCUAGUCUCAAGGAAACUCAACAAAGAAAGAUUGAACGUGAAGAAAAUUGGGGCAAGUUAGAAGAGUAUGUAGAAAAUUUAAAAAUAUCAGAAGCAAAUAAUCGAGCUAAUGGUGAAAAGAAAGAAAAUUCCAAAACCCAAGUUAAUGAUCAUACUGAAGAAUGA